AUGGAGCACGGCGAAAUUUUGGCAAGGUAAGUGCCCUGACGACUUUCUGGUCCCUUGAUCUGGACAAGAUCACUGAUAACUUUAGCCUGAGGAAAACUGGUGAAUACUCCGAUCUCACAGUACGCUGUGGGGGAUAUCAGUUCAAGGUCCACAAGAAUGUGAUGUGUCUGCGCUCGAAGUGGUUCGCAAAGGCUUGUCAGAAAGAGAAAUGGGCGGUAAGCAAGCAAGCCCUGACUCGUGACAAUCGUCAUGACUGACAACCUCCAGGAGGGCAAGGCUGGUGUCAUUUCUCUCAAAGCCAUCGAUAGCCAAGCUGAAGAGGAGGACUAUAGCUGUGACCAUCCAGAAGCGGUCCAGCUCAUGAUCGACUACAUCUACAUGAACGACUACACGCCGGGCUCUUCUGAUGCUGAUGCGGAUGCAAUUGACCCCUCUCAGCUUGCGACCAAGGUUCCGACGCAAGAUACGAUGGUAAUUGAUAAGUCUGAUAUCGAUGAUGUUGCUGAAAAGUCUAGCGUCGCUACUCAGACUUACGAAGAGGAUGAUCUAGGGGGUUCGUUCAGCAAGAACCGAAGCAAGAAGGACAAGAAAAGAAAGCAGGCGAGGGUCUUCGGCUGGGGUGACGAGCCUGCGGCCUACGAUCCAGACUUCUUCGCGGAGCCCUGUGUUGAACCAGAGCCAGAACCUGCAUAUGACUCGAAUGGCGCAUCCAAACCCGGCGAUCGAGUAACCUCAGGAACCCCGUCAACAUCUCCAGAUGCUCUCACCAUGCACGCAAGACUCUACGCCAUGGGAUCCAAGUACGACAUCGAGCCUCUUCGCCAACUGGCGAUGGAGAAACUCAAGGCCGCCGUCGAGGGCACCUGGAAUCGGAGUGACUUUGCGGCAGCCAUCGGGGUUGCGUUCGGAGCCACCGAAGACAGCGAUCUGGGACUUCGAGACAUCAUGAUCAAGACGAUAUUGGAUUGCGCGGCGAACUUGUCGACCGAUCCCGUCAUCGAGAAGUCUAUCGUUGUCGUUGAGGGCCUAUCUUUCAAGCUGUUCAAGGAGCUGGGUUUGAGGAACAGUCAGGCCAAGAGGCGAGGCAUGUACUGAUAGGACACUGAUAACGCCCGCCUUGCGAGAGGAGCCCGUCACAUGCAUGACUGACAGACGCCCCACUGGGGGACACUGAAACGUGAAAUGUCGCCUCUUGGGCCUGACUUUGUCCUCGUAUUGCGACCCCAACAGCAAAAGCAAGACAGCGAAAACCAGUGCAGAAGAACCGCCACGCUCUGCUCUAUCUUUUGCACCUUUUCAGUUGUCUCAAAAGUUGUGUUGUAAUAGACUAUUGCCGCGGUUAUGAAGCGGGAUGUUGUGAAGCUGUGCUUCCAUUUAUCGGUUUGCUAUCAUGGCGCUAUGUUGCUUGCAGUAUGGAUCCAGUGGCCUCCAGAUGCCUCUGCCCUGAGCCGACAAAGGGAUGCAUUAAAAAAUCAUGAGCCUUCGUUAGUCAAGAGCCGAAAUCGAAGUCUUUCCGAACAGAAGCUCGCUGCAUACGUUGUUCUUGUUGACGAAAUCCUAGGCUUGAUUAAUACGAAAGCAGCAACUCGUGGGAUGUGGACCCUCCCCCGGAUCCCACACUCAAACACCGAGCCGGGAACCUCGCAAGAGCUCGGAGUCUGAUACCCGACAAAGAUGCAUGUGAUCCGAAGCACAAAAGACGCCGAAUGCUUGGGCACGACCUCACCAACGGCCGCCACGUGGAAGCAUGCGAGCCGACAAGGUCACACCACAAUGGAAUGCAUGGAAGUGCAAGUGCAAGUGCAAGUGGUCCUCGGUUCGGGGUAUCUCGCUUCGCAUGGAGUCUCCAGACGCUAUCUCCAGACCCCACAGUAGUGACCCACAGACCCUUCUGGUAUCCUCAAGGCUCCAGUCGCUAGACUACAACAGCGAAAUACUCUCGAGGUAUAAGAUUGGGAGAAACCGGAAGUCCGUAAGUAGAAAUGCGGUUUCUCACUUUUGCCGCGAUGCCGUCAAUCGAUUCUGCUUAGAAAUCAAUUCAUUGUUAAUAUUCCGGCUCAUAUUUCACAAUCCCAAUCCUUCGACGAACAACAGAUGCCGUGCUAGCCAGCCAUGCGCCGCACGAGAUGACCACGCGGCACAACGCCGCACGCUGCCACCACCCCACAGCAAGCGAGCAAACAGAUUGGACACAUCCGGCUCGCCAGGCCUGCAAGCUGAUCCUUUGGAGCCCCAUGGGCAAUUUAGCCUAAAUUCCUCACAUGGCGCGACUGUCACAUAGAGCAAAGAACAUAUGCCGUCGCCCGUCCGCUUGAUCCGAGUAUGCGCCGAGUGCAUGCUUGGCUUUAAGUCGACGGGUGCAGCGUUCUGUGGGUACAAUCCAUGGAGAAUACAAAAGGGAGUAAUCCCGUGGAGUUCUCCAGAUCCGUCUUGUGGGCUUCUGUCGAUCUCUUUCUUUUUCCUGGCCAAUAUUUUUACCCGUUGACUUCCCUCAAGAUGGUAGGCCACGUCGGAGCAGAUCCGGUCCCUGCACCUCACCAUGCGCCUGGAGCAAUCGAUGUCUCUGCAAGGAGAGCCCAGUUCGCUGGACCAUCGGGACUGAAGGGCAUCAUUGCGAAUGGCAAGACGACUGCGAUUGCGUUCUUCGCCUCGCUGGGAGGAUUGGUCUAUGGCUGUAAGUGGUGAAACGGUGUCGACUGCGGAUGGUCUAGCUGACAAGACUUGCAGACAACCAGGGAAUGUUUGCCCAAGUCCUGACCAUGUCGUCGUUCGUCCAAAGGACCCAAGGCUUCGCUGCUGAGACUGGUAUCCAACAGGGACUGCUCACUUCCAUUCUGGAGCUGGGUGCUUGGGUUGGCACACUCAUCAACGGCUGGCUAGCUGACGCUGUAGGCCGCCGCUUCUGCGCUGUCAUAGCUUGUGUCGUCUUCGCCGUCGGUGUGAUCGUCCAGGCUUGCACAGAGAACAAGGACUAUGUGUUGGGUGGUCGCUUCGUCACUGGUCUCGGUGUCGGGUCACUGAGUAUGAUUGUACCUUUGUACAACGCUGAGCUUGCACCGCCAGAAGUACGAGGUGCGCUAGUCGCCGUGCAGCAGCUGGCGAUCACAUUCGGAAUCAUGGUCUCCUUCUGGAUCGGAUACGGGACCAACUACAUCGGCGGUACUGGAGCAAGCCAGUCCGAUGCGGCAUGGCUGAUUCCUGUCUGCUUGCAACUUUUGCCAGCAAUCGUCCUCGCGGCGGGUAUGCUGAUGUUCAUGCCUCAGUCGCCUCGUCACCUCAUGAACUGUGGCCGUGAAGAAGAAUGCCUCGAAACCUUGGCCAGAUUGCGAAGUGCCAGCAAGGAAGAUCUGCGAGUUCGGAUUGAGUUUCUGGAGAUCAAAGCCCUGAAAGAAUUCGAAGUCGCUCGGUCCAAGGAAAAAUACCCGCAAUACCAGGAUGGCACUUUCAAGAGCAAUUUCAUGAUCGGCCUCUACGAUUACCUUUCACUCGUGACAAACAAGUCACUGCUCAAGCGCUCCAUGGUGGCGUGCUUGACUAUGACAUUCCAACAAUGGAACGGCAUCAAUGCGUAAGCCUCCUCAGAUAUUACUCCAAGUUCAUACUGACGUCUGUUACCAGCAUCAACUAUUACGCCCCUUUCAUCUUCAACGACUUCAAUCUCUCCGGCGACACCACUUCGCUGCUCGCGACGGGCGUCGUGGGCAUUCUAGAAUUCGUGCUCACUAUCCCCGCCGUCCUCUAUGUCGACAAGUUCGGACGUAAGACGAUUCUCAUCGCUGGUGGCAUUGGAAUGGCAAUCUGCCACUUCAUCGUCGCUGCUCUGAUCGGCAGUUUCGACGACUCGUGGCCGCAGCACAGAGCCGCUGGAUGGGUCGCGAUCGUCUUCAUCUGGAUCUUCGUGGGCAACUUUGCGUACAGCUGGGGCCCGGUAAGCGGAACCGUAUAUUGUGCGGGAGACAUCAGCUGACAUUCCGGCUUGCAGGUUGCGUGGAUCGUCGUGAGUGAGGUCUUCCCCUUGAGUAUGCGAGCCAAGGGUGUCAGCUUGGGAGGAAGCGCCAAUUGGUUGAAUAACUUUGCUGGUAAGCGACGCCUCGCUUCUUGACGGCCUCGGGACUGACUUGUGAUGAUGCAGUGGGUAUAUCUACCUCACCGUUCAUCGCCGCCAGCGACUUUGGCACAUUCAUCUUCUUCGGAUGCGUCACAACCAUUGGCGUCAUCUGGGUCAUCUUCAUGGUCCCUGAGACCAAAGGCCGCACGCUAGAGGAGAUGGACGAGCUGUUCGGCGAAGUUGGUUUCGCGCACGCAGAUCUGCAGCUGAAGGCGAAGAUUGAGAGAGACAUUGGUCUCGCUGCGCUCCUUGGUGCUGAAGAGCCAGGGGAGAAGUCUUCGGAUGAGAAAGUCGAAGCAGUUGACGGUGGAUCCGAGGAACUGGUGGAGGCAAAGCAGUAA